UCAAGCUGAUCGGAUCGUCAUCGCAAUGCCAAACAUUGCAGUUAUCGGGGCCGGGGUGAACGGAGUCGCCAGUGCCAUUAAGAUACUGGAGCACUACCUGGCCGAGGGGCAGCCGAUAAGCGUCACGAUUAUAUCGGAGGACUUCACGCCCAAUACCACUGGGGAUGGUUCGGCGGGACUCUGGGGCCCCUAUCUGCUGGGCGGUACACCGCAAUCGAAAGUCUACAAGUGGUCGCAGAGUAUGCACCAGUUCCUGGAGAAGAUCUGGCUGAGCGAGGACGCUGGAGAGGCUGGAGUUUGUCUGCUGCCCUGCGUCCGAUUGAGCACCUCGACAGUGGACUCCGUAGAGGACUUUUGGCGCAAUAUUGUAUAUGGAGCGAUGGACUUAACCGCGGACCAGUUGGCCGUCUACAAUGUGGGCAGGAGCGUAAAGUUCACAUCAGGCCUAUCCUUUAUCACUUAUACCUCGGAGCCCGUCAAGCUACUUCCGUAUCUGAUGAAGAGAUUCCUUCGCAAUGGUGGUAAAAUUGUCCGGCGAAAGAUAGAAGACCUUGAUGCCUUCAUUACUGAUUCUGGAUAUGAUGUUAUUGUCAACUGUUCGGGUCUGGGAUCCCGGAAACUACUCAACGACGAGCAGAUGUACUCUGUGCGUGGGCAAGUGUCGCGGGUGAAGGCUAAUUGGAUCUUUUCGGCAGUGCUGGAUGAGAGCGAUGAUGGAAACUACAUAAUACCCAACACCGAGAGCGUGGUCCUGGGUGGCACUCAUCAGGAGGGGGACUACAACAGACAGGUUUGCGAGCGUGAUAGACAGUUCAUUGUGAACGGCUGUCGACGAUUCAUUCCUGGCCUGGAGCACACCGAGACCCUCUUCGACUGGGUGGGUUUCCGGCCGGGUCGUGGAGAGCUCCGACUCGAGUCAGAACGGCGUGGCAGGAAGCUCCUCAUCCACAACUACGGACAUGGUGGCAGCGGGGUCACCCUGUGCUGGGGCUGUGCCGACGAUGUUUUGGAUCUUCUCCUGGCUGCCAAUAUCACAUCGAAACUGUAGGGCAAGGUGUAAGCUGGAAAAUAACAGGCUGAUAAUAUACAGUCGAGAAAUAAAGUACCCAAAGCUCGAUAUUGAUAUUA